CCAAAAAAUACCCAAAGGGAAAAUCAACAUGCCAACCCAACACCGCAUCCUCGCCCUCGUUUUCCACGAGUUCGAGACCCUCGACCUCUUCGGGCCCCUGGGCGCUAUUGUCCCGCGCAGCGACUACUACACACUCGAGCUGGUCAGCCUCCACAACCUCGAUUCGCCCAAGGGGCUCGAGACCUCCCUGAAGAACAGCAUCGGGGUGCUGCCCACGCUGACGCUCGCCGAGGCGCUCGACGAGGCCCACGAGUUCGAUACCUUGUUCAUCCCCGGGGGGUUCGGCAUGAUGCCGCUAGUCUGGGACCCGAUGCUGCUGCAGCGGAUUGGGCAGCUGGUGGAUCGCGCGGCGAAUGUGUUCACCGUGUGCACGGGGGGGAUCCUGCUCGCGGCGACGGGGAAGUUGGAUGGGCGGAAAGCGACGACGAAUAAGCGGUUGUAUGAUGAGUUGACUCCGAAAUAUCCCGGCGUGCAAUGGCAAAAACGCGCCCGCUGGGUGCAGGACGGCAAAUUCUUGACCUCCUCCGGAGUUACCGCGGGGAUUGAUGCCGGCUUUGCUUUCCUGGCUAACACCUACGUCGCCCCGGAGGACCGUAAGGCGAAUCCUGCUCCCCAGAAGGCGUCGGCAGCCGGCGACGAGACCCCGAUCCCCGGCUUCAAUAAGGAAAAGGCGCUGGGUUUUGCCCACUUCACGGCCUUUGGGCUGGAGUACCGCUGGCACGAGGAUCCCGCUGAUGAUCCGUUCGUGGACUUGCCGGGGGCCAGCGGUGGGGAUUCGAAGCUUUAAGACUAGUUAGUUAGGUUUCAAAAUACGUUUUAUGCCGGUAUUUUGUGUGUCUUAGAUUCCAAGUCAGAUUGAU